UUUUCGGUGGGUCGCUCGGUCGCUCGGUCGCUCGGUCGCUUGUACUGUGCUUCUCGUUCCCUCGUCCUCGGGUAUUGAUUUCCGUAGAAGGUUAGGACGCGGCUUAGAUGUGUGUUGUCUACGCUACCGUUAGCAGCCAGCUACGUUUUCCGUAACGUCGCGCGCGUAUUCGUAGGCCGGCCUCCACCUCCACCUCCACCUUCUAUCUCUCUCUCUCUCUCUCCCUCUCUCUCUCUCUCUCUUCUCUUUUACGAAGAGUCGCGAGUUCCCAAGUGUUGCGCCAACUUUCGCCAUCCUCGUUGGUGUUUCUACUGUCAAAGGAGAACGCGUGGUGCCUGUCUUCUUGUCUUCGAGGAAGAGAGCUUUAACUCUGAUGCAUUAUCAUUGGACACAGUAACACGUGAGAGAUCAUAAACCGUCUGAUUUCUUUCUCUUCGUAUUUGAAAGAAGAGAAGGAAUACACGAGGGAGAGAUUCCUCGUUAAAUAGAAGACUUCGAUUUAACCUGAUAGGCCCAACCAGCGCUUCGGGGCACCUUCCGAGAUGCCUGCACCAACGUCAGCGGCGGGUGCGGCCGAAUGUGGCCCACCUCGCACCGAAUUGCAAGAAUUACAGCUGAAGGCCGACCAGACCACCGAUGAGUCCCUGGAGAGUACGAGGCGUAUGCUGGCAUUAUGCGAGGAGAGCAAGGAGGCUGGCAUCCGCACUCUGGUCGCGCUCGAUGACCAGGGAGAGCCACGAGGUCGGGAUGAAAACUCUCGUUAUGCUGGACGAGCAAGGCGAACAAUUGGAUCGAAUCGAGGAGGGCAUGGACCAGAUCAAUGCGGACAUGCGAGAAGCAGAGAAGAAUCUUACCGGGAUGGAAAAAUGCUGCGGUCUCUGCGUUCUCCCGUGUAACAAGAGUGCAAGUUUCAAAGAGGACGAAGGAACGUGGAAGGGUAACGACGAUGGUAAGGUCGUUAAUAAUCAGCCUCAACGCGUGAUGGAUGAACGCAAUGGACUCGGCCCUCAGGGUGGCUACAUCGCUAAGAUCACGAACGAUGCGCGUGAAAACGAAAUGGAAGACAAUAUGGGUCAAGUAUCGACGAUGAUUGGGAAUCUCAGAAAUAUGGCUAUCGAUAUGGGCAGCGAGCUCGAGAAUCAAAAUCGACAAAUCGACAGGAUCAACCGGAAGGGCGAAUCGAACGAGACAAGGAUACAAGUGGCCAACGAGCGAGCCCAUCAGCUACUCAAGUAAAAACCACUCACGACCAUCUCUCUCUGCACCCCCGUCUCGGCCACCGGCAUUACUGAUACCAUCAUCAUGUACAACAACAACAACAACAACAACAAAAUACAAAAAUCAGCACCAAGACAAGUACCAUCACAAUUAUACUUACAAUUUACACUAUACAUACAUAUGUAUACGCUUUCCUUUUUUCUUCCUUUCUUACUUACUCAUUACCCUCUUAAUCUAUAUAUCUGUAUUAUUAUUCGCUGAUAAGAUUAUCAUCAUCGAAGGGACGAACAAAAUGGAAUGGAUAGCAAUAUCAUAGAAUAAUUGUUAAUCAACAAGACUUAUUAUGGGUCUUUUGAUUUCUAAUUUUCGAAACUUGAUAAUUCGUCCGUUUUUCUUCUUCCUUAGUAUUUAUUCUUUGCCACGUAACAGUAUUUUCAAUUAUCCUGAUGUUACUUAUUUCUUUACGCAGUUAUUAUUUUAAUUUAAAGAAAAAAAAAAAAGAAAAAAAAAGAAAUAGAAUGUCUACUCAUAUAUUCGUAGUAUCGUCCAAUGAAUUAUUUUUCCUUAUCGAUAAUAAGACGCGUGAAACAUAUCGUUUGGCAGCAUUGUCACCAUAAUUUUCCGUACUUAAGGAAGCUUCCUAAGUCAAACUGUGUAUUAGAAACUAUAGCAAUUCUCUUAUUGUAUGUACCGUCAAUUUGAUAUACUGAUUCAUUAAACGGUUUGUCACAUCGAUUAGCCAAUCCCCGUCCAUCUUUAAUAAAAAAAAAAGAUAUUUAUUUAUUUAUCCUUUUAUAUUAUACUCACCGAUUUCUAUCUUUUUUCUUCUUUUUUCGUUAAUCGUGUCUCUCUACACACGUGAUAUACACACGCAACUCACACACGCGUACACGUUACUUACGUUAUACGUUCACGUUCACCUUACCACCGUACGUCGCUGAAAAAAAAAAAGAAAAAAAAAGAAAAAUAAAAAAAACACAAACCAAACGAAAUAAUAAGCAAAAUAGAAAGAGAAAUUAACUAGAGAAAAAAAAAAAAAUCUUUUUCGCGACGGAUCUUCUUUGCUCGUGAAAAUUAUCCAACGAUAGCACGUCAUACACUUUAAAAUCGCGUCAUAUUUUAAAUCUUUAAAUAUACGGCGCUUGAUUAGAGUUCUUAGCGGGAACUAAUCCGCGAUUAGUAGACGCCGAGAAGAAUUGUAAAUUUUAAGCGACUCACGACGCGCGUUAGAGAUAAGCGAGAAUAAUAAUAUACGAGAGUCAAGUUUCUUAUCUCAACGAUCCUCUAACGAGUACAAAGCUAAUUAAAAAGCAAAGAAAAAAAAAAGAGAGAAAAAAAGGAAAGAAAACAAUUAUAAUAAAUAAUUACAUAGAUCGAGACCGCAUUGUACGAGAUUUUCCUUAUUAUCGUUAUUGUUAUCAUUAUUAUUAUUAUUAUUAUUAUUAUUAUUAUUAUUAUUAUUAUUAUUAUUAUUAUUAUUAUUAUUAUUAUUAUUAUUAUUAUUAUUAUUAUUGUAAUAGGAGCGCGAUCUUGGAUUUUUGGCGCUAUUGAAAUAUGCGUUAUCUCUCUUGUAUAUGAAAAUUCAAUUAAUAUAAAAGAGAAUGAAAAGAAAAAAAAGAAAAGACACAAUAACAACAAUAACACAACAACAACAACAACAACUACUACUACUACUACUACAACAAUCCUUAAAAACGAAAUAGAAACACACAGGGAAGAAAGGAAAAAAAAGGACGACUCGCGUAACGAGAGACGUGCGGCACGAACUCGAGCUUUGAGUUCUUCUUCCUCCAAUGGGUUAAAGAAUAUCAACAACAGGUGAUAAUGGAACAUACACACACGCGAAACGAUAUAAUGAUAGAGAAAAAAGAUCAGAGAAACAUAUAUAAUAAUUGCAAUACGAUAUGGACUAAUGAGAGAGAAAAGAUAAAAUUUGGGCCUUUUUUAUAAUUAGCGUAAAAAAAAAAAGAAAGAAAAAGGGAUCGACAAAUUUUCAUAUAUUCGUCGUUUGUUCGAUCUUAUCUUUCUAGUUCCGUGACUUUUUGUCCUUUUUACUUUUUUUCUUGUUUCAUUGUUUUUUUUUAUUUUAUUUCAAACUUUGCGUCACUUAAAGUGACCCCGAUUUGGUAUCGGAAAUAUAUAUAUAUAUAUAUAUAUAUACAUAUACAUAUAUACAUGUGUCAUCUAAGAUUUUUUUUCGUAAAUGAUUCUGAAUUAUUCUGAUUUUUCUUUUUAUCUAUAGAGACACAACAAAUCCGACGAAUUAGGAACAAUAAAAAGAACAUUAUUAAUUAUUAAUUUUUAUUUCUAAGAAAACAAAAAAGAAGAAUUGCAAAUCGUAUCGAUUGAAAGAAAAUAUAAACCUUUAAAGGUAAAAAAAAAACAAAGAAAAAAAAAUUACUAAGUAAAAUUGCUUUACGUCAAAAGUUCUUUUUAUAUCUCAUCAAAAUCGAUAUAAAGAUAUUUUAAGAUCUAGUCUUAGGUGACUCACUCAAUAUGUAUAUGUGCAUUUACGUAUCUAUGUAUGUACAUGACGAUUUUCAUCAUGAAAACAUUUUUCUCUCUCACUAUAUGUAUUUAUAUAUUUCGUAUAUACGAAAAUCUACAUAAUCAUAGACAUAUAUAUAUACACACGCAUACAUACAAACACAUAUGUACACGAGCACGCGUAUAUACGUAAUAUCGAGAGGAAAUACGACCAAGAAAAAGGAUGUCAGGCGCGAGGAAAGGGGGUGGGGAUAAGGGGGAGGAACCGCAGAUAGGAAGAAAUAGAUAAAAUAAAAAAGGGGGAAAAGUAAUCGGAGGAGAUGAGGAGGAGAAGAAGGAGGCGAGGAGGAGGAGGAAAAUCAAAAGAUUUUCCUACGAAGAUUAGAAGAAAAAUAUCAAAGCAGAAAAGAAAAGAAAGGAAGCCAAAAAAACGGAAGAAGAGGAAGAAGAAGAGGAAGAAAAAUAAGAGAAGAAGGAGGAGGAAGAAGAAGGAGAAGAAAUGAAAUAAAAAAAGAAAAAGAAUAAAGAAAAUGAAGAUUGAUAAGUUAAACGAGAAAAACGCGUCAUGUUCGUCGAGAAGUUGUCCCGUACAAAACUUGUAGAUAAAUAUAAUCUCCCUUUUUUCAAUCGUCUUAACAAAAUCACACGACACAUGUGCACGUAACGAACACUUACACAACAUACGCACACAUAAGUACAAAAUUAAUCCUACAUAUAACACGAACAUAAGUCGUAGAGGUUAGCUGUUCUCCACCUUCCCCAAAGUUUAUGCGCCCGUCGCUUUAUGAGUGCGCCGGGGUCACAGUAAGGUAUAACUCCAAUAAUUAGCUGAUAUCGAGAGGAAUGGAAAGAGGAAGUGAGGACAUAAAAAAUUAACAAAAAAGAAAACAAGAGAGAACUUAAAAGAAUAAAAAACAAACAAAAAACAAGAAAUAAGAAAGAAAGAGAGAGAGAGAGAGAGAGAGAGAGAGAGAGAGAAAUAAAACCAAAUUAUUUAUCCUACAGAGCUGGGCACAAACUAAUAACGUAGAGAAAGAUGGAGCGAAAAGGGCGAAGCGAGAAAGAGAGCGAGAGCGAGAGAGAGAGAGAGAGAGAGAGAGAGAAUGUGAGAUCGAAUGUGAGAAGAUGAACGAGAGGGAGAGAGAGAGAGAGAGUUAUAUACAUACAUACAUAUACAUAUACAUAUAUACAUAUAUAUAUCAUAUAUAUAUAUAUGUAUAUAUGUAUAUAUAUAUAUAUGUAUAGAAAGGUUUCUUAAAUAUGUAUAUACACACACAUAUUUAUGAAACCUUUCCAUUGCACUUUUGCUUUUUACCACUCGAAUAUGUUGGCUAACAAAUAAGAUCGCGACCCUUGGACGCUUCGCUGGACGAACGUGUACCGAUCAAAGUUGAUUAAAAAAAAUUAAAAAAAUUAAAAAAUAAAUAAAAAGAAUAUUAAAAAAAAAAAAAAAAAAACAAGAAAAACAAAAAAAAAUAGAAAAAAAAGAAUUGUAAAAUUGAAAAAGAAUAGAAGAUAUAAGAAAAAAUAAAAAAAAAAAAAUAAAGUAUGCGAUCCCGAUUAUGGAAACGUGUUACUGCGCGUGGUUUUAUAAGUGUGUAUGUACGCGCGUGUGUGUACGCCUGUUCUGAAGAAAAAUUGAAAUCGGAAGGGAAAGAGGAACGACUCGAGGAUCGUUAGAGGUAUAUAUCUCGUUAUACUGCGUACGUCGGGAGAGAUAAAGAAAGAGAUAGAGAAAGAGGGAGCAAAUAUUAUUCUGACUUAUGUUAAUCGAGUAUUAAAAAAAAAAAAAAAAAAAAAAAAAAAGAAAAAAGCGAUAGGUGAAGGAGGUAUAGAGAUAACGAUGACGAUGACGAAGUCGAUGAUGAAAAGUAUUGUUAUGUGUAUAUAUAUUAUAUAUAUAUAUGUAUAUACAUAUGUAUAUACAUAUGUAUAUACAUACAUAUAUAAAUAUCUAUACAUAUAUGCAUAUGACUAUAAAAAUAUAUUUAUACGUGUGCGUGAGUAAUGUGUGUAUUGUACUUGCUUGUAUAUGUAAUUAUGUAAUACAUAAGAUACACGCACGUACGUACGUAGAUGGAGAGGGCGCGAUUUGAAAAAAAAAAAAAAACGAAAAUGAAAAGAAAAAAGAAACAAAUAAUACGGUGAAGAGUCCCUUUUUCUCCUGAGACCCUUUUUAGCUCUCUCCUGAAUUAUAGAGAAUCGUUAUUAUGUAUUCAAAAGCGUCGGUUAAUGUCGUUGAUACCGUGUAAUUAAAACGAAGAACGUGAUGAGAACUUAAAAAAUAAUGGAUUAAUAUAAAAAAAGUGAGAUAUAAAAGCGAUAAAAAAAUAAAAAUAUGGGAUCGAGCAAUAUUAUUAUUAUGAUUAUUGAUUAUCUAUUAUACGAUUAUAUUGUACCAUUAACUUCGUCGUUAUAAAAUCUUUAUCAUCUCCUAUAAACGAGAGAUUAAGAAAACAGAAGAAAAAAAAAACAAACAAAAAACGGAAAAAGAACAAAAAAAAAGAAAAAAAAAGUUAACAAAGAAGACACAUAAAAAAAAAAUCAAUACAUAUACAUACACAUAUAUGCAUAUACAUAUAUAUAUACAUAUAUACAGACAUACAUAAUUAAAACAAAAACAAAAUUGAAAAAAAUACCUUGCGUUCGCUAUUUUCGGGACAUCCAUCUCACAACUCGAUGAUAGGCGAAUAAAUAUAUUAUAUAUUAUAUAGCGAGAACUAACGUGAUUAUAAAUGCGUUCUUUAAAACGCGUACUUUUAAAUACCUAUUCACAAAUGUAUAGAUAAAACGCAGGUAGACAUUAGUAAAGGAGUAGAUAGAGAAUGAUAGAGGAGUUAGAUUCAGAGAAAAAAAGAAAGAGAGAGAGAGAGAGAGAGAAAGAGAGAGAGAGAGAGAGAGAGAGAGAGAGAGAGAGAGAGAGAGAGAGAGAGAGAGAGAGAGGAUAGAAAAAGAGAGAAUGUUUAUGUAUAUGUGUGUGUGUGUGUUAGGAGAGGAACGAAUGAGAGAACGAAAUGAAAGAGGAGAGUGAAGAGUUCACGAGAGAGGAUGAAUGGAGGGUAAAAUGAGGUCAAUGAAGAGAGAGGGAGAGAGAGAGAGAGAGAGAGAGAGAGAGAGAGAGAGAGAGAGAGAGAGAAAGAAAAAGAGAGUGAUAGAGAGUGAUAAAGAGCUAUGGUUACUCGAGAGAGAUCACUGUCUUUGUAUCGAAAUGAUCAGAAUGAAUGUUAUGUGCCGACUUUUUGGUAACCUAUAUUAAUAGUAGGUCGAACGAAGUGCGAUUGUAAAAUAAAAGAUAAAAAAAUGUAAUGAAAAAAAAAAUAAUAAUAAAAAAUAAAAAAGAAAAGGAAAAAAAAAAGAAAACAAACCGAAUACAAAUACGAAGAUUAAUGUUACUCUCUCGAGUCGAACCAUCACACAUCGUUUUGCAAUUUGUCCGAAUUAGGUUGCCUCCUAAUUAACGAUACACUUCAACGAAUUUUGCAAGAGCGCGAAAGAGAGAGACAGAGAGAGACAGAGAGAGAGAGAGAGAGAGAGAGAAAGAGAAAGAGAAAGAGAGAGAGAAAUAAAUGAUAAAAAUGAUAGCUCUUAUCUUUCGUGAUGAGAUCCAAUGCACGUGGAAUAUUGCAAAUAUGUACAUAUAUACGUAUAUAUAUACAUACGUAUGUAUACAUAUAUAUUCGGUUAGUUUCGGGCUUGACAAAACGGAUUAAAAUGAAAAAAAAAAGAGAAAGAGAGAGAGAGACUUAAGUCAGUUUGAAAAUAGACGAGUAUAUUUCAUUAUCUUUUUUUUUUUCUUUCUGUUAUCUCGCGAUGUUGAAUUUGGCCCAGUUUUCAGGUUCGCGUUCGUUAACUAUUCUCUCUUUCUUUCUCUUUUGGAUUUUCAACUCUGUGAAUGGAAAUUAAGCGUGUUACCGUUUCUUUUUUUUCCUUUUUUUCUUUUCUUCCUCUCUUUCUUUUUUCUCCCCUUUUUUCUCCCUUGAGAUCUCUCUUUAUUUUCGUUCCACUUUAAAUUUCGAACGAGGUAUACUCUUUUACUUUCGCAAAAGGAAAAAGAAAAGGAAAAGGAAAUGGAAAGACAAGUAUCGUAAAAUUGAUAAGAACAAUCGACAAAGAAAAUUCCACGUUAUUUUGAGAUCUCAUUGCGAGUGCAUGCUCAAUUCGAGAUCGAUUUAUUGGGACCACCAUUGCAAAAAUGUUGCAAGGUGAGGCGAAAGACAUUAUGUUAGUCUAUGAAUAGGAGAGAACGAGGAAACGAAUGACAUAGAGAAAGAGAGAGAAAGAGAAAGAGAAAGAGAGAGAGAGAGAGAGAGAGAGAGAGAGAGAGAGAGAGAGAGAAGAAGCAAGAAUGAUCGAUCGAUUGGUUUCUCGAGAGCGAAGGAUGAUGAAUGAGUGUGUGCUCGUGCCUAUCCGUGUACGUGUGUAAAUUGCACAUACACACAACACGUAUACGCGUACACGCGUGGAUAUUUAAAUAAUCGAGAUAUACCAUUAAAUUUAAGCUUAUCUCUUUUUAGUACCAAUACGUUGCUAGAUGUAUUUCAGAGAUCGUGGUAAUAAGAAGAAUUCUUCGGCAGUAUCGACAUUAUUAUUAUCAUCAUUAUUAUUAUUAUUAUUAUUCUUAUUCUUAUUCUUCUUAUUAUUAUUAUAAUAUAAUAAAUGCCUGUGUAUUUUACUUCUCGGCAAAUAAACAGAAUAUUGUAUGUUGCCGCUA